CGAGGGACCAACUAACUCACUUUCUUUCUGGCUCUUUUGAGCUUUCCUUGACUCAAGAUGCCUAAAGUGCCCGGAAUGUCCAUGGCGGAAUUCAAAAAAGACUGCAACAGUUGCAAUGAGGUUGAACUAGCAGCACGCCGCCAGGUCAUCGAUGACCGUAUGGAAGACCUUAAGGCCCAUCGUGUGGGUUACACGCCUUUGUCGCAGCUGUCGAGCCGCAGCUUCGAGCAGAUUCAUAGUAUUUUCCACUUUGUGCUUGCCUCUUUAUCUAGUCACCGAGUAGCUGGAAUCUCAUCCUUUCAAGGAUUCACUUGAAGAAAUUCUAUCUAUGUCACUAUACUGAUAUCUGGCCGAGGAUACUAAAAAAAGCACUAUCUUUUAUCUACCUUCCAACUUCAGAACUUCACACUCAAAAACCAUAGGCCUAAUCUACAACUCCAAACCUCCCUACAGCUAUCGGACAGCUUACCCUGGUGCAGAUCUGCAUGAUCAUGGCCACUGUGUGCGAGGUCUCGUACCUGAACGCCUGCACCAAGGUCGUACAUGUUUCCAUGUGGAAGUGGUUCUUGAUGAUGGUCGACGUCGGCUACAACUUGCCCAUCACGGUGUGCGGGAAAGAUGGGCACUACAGUCUGAAGACCUUGGCCUCCUUCCUCAAGAACCAGGUGC